GCCCCUCGCUCUACGUGGCUAGCCUUCCUCGUCUGCUCCACAUUCACGCCAGGAGGAUGAGGUGGAGGAGGAAUAAGAUGAGGAAGCGGAGCACUAUCAAGAAGAGGAGCAGCCGCACCAGCAAGAACGGCACACACCACGAAACUCCGCGCGGCGGCCACUUCGCCACCUCCAGCAGCACCUAGAGGGUCAGAGCGAUCCGCAGAGCCAGGAGGUCCAGCAGCACCUAGAGGGUCAGAGCGAUCCGCAGAGCCAGGAGUGUCGGUAUGCACGCCUCCAUGAGGAUGGCCAGCACGAGCAUCUUCAAGCAGAAGCCCAUCGUCCCCCAGGAGAACCGCACGAACCGCACCACGAGUUCCAGGAAGGCCAGCUGCAGUAUCGUGAAGAGCUUCUGCACCACAGCGGCCUCCAGGACGCCCCUCAGUAUCGUGAUGGCGACUAGCACGACCGGCACCAGCACGUCUCACUUCAUGAAGAAAUCUACCACGGGCCCAUGCCAGGCCGAGAAGACGAGUCCGAGGCCUUGCGAAGCGGUCCAGCCGACCAUGGAUCGCACCCAAGCUGUGCCGAGGGAUCCGCAGCUCGCCGCAGCCGGCGCCCGCCUCCAGGGCUUCGAUCGCCACGCUCCCUGCCUUCAUCGACACCCUGGGGACCGCCGGCAUGGCGACCGUCGCCACCCUCGCCCGCCCACGGUCGAGGCGCAGAUUUGAGCAGGGACCGACCGUCCUGGCAUUCCUACAGUGCUCUUAGAACCCACAAAUGAAGGGGUUGGAAGCCCUUUAUCGGCUCGCCCGAGGACUCCCGCCGAAGUCGGGAUUGUCUUCCCCAGGGGGAUUGUGGUGAGGCGGCCAGGCUGGCACCUGGGAAAAAUUCCCCUGUAGGGGGACAGGCCCGACUUCACGAUAGGAGUCGGUCGCCGCGCGCCCGCGCCCACGACCUGACUACCUACCAGACCACCCCAACCCAACCCGAAGACCCGAAUUUCGGGUUGGGGGG